AUUUGGUCAAAAAAUUUAAGAAGAAGAAGAGAAGUAUAGCUUUCAAAACUGUCAAAAUGAAGGUUCAAUGUCACAUUGCACGUGUGUGUGUUCCUUUUAACCACGAUUUUAACCUCUGUCAUAGACCUCUGUUAUGUUUUGAUUAUAUUUUCUGAAAAUGGGAAAAUUCAGAAGUAAAUUGAAAGGACAGAGUAAAGGAAAACGAUGGCCUAAAGGACAAAGUUCGAGUUCAAACCCAGAAACCCAGAAGUACAGAGAUCUCGCGAAAUCAAGGUUUUUUCAAGAGAACCUAGGUCCCAGUGGUUUAACAUCAGAUGCAUUGAAAAAACAUGAUGCUAUACAAACAUACCUGCCUAAAAAUGAUGGAUCUACCAAUAUGGAAGAGGACACUGAAUCAUCACAUAGUCAAUCUUAUAAAACUAUGCAAUCAUUUGCCUCAGAAUGGUCAGACUGCAGUAAUGUGUCAUUCAACAGAUUCAUGAAUGUUUUUAGAGCUGACUCUGCUUUACAUAAAGAAAUGCUAGCUAUUUUAGCUGCUAUAACAGAAGUUAUCAAAGAUAAUGGUGGAACUGAGUCACCAACUGAAUAUUACUGUUCAUUACUAACAACUCUAGAGCAAGUUUAUAAUGCAGAUGACAGGAAUGAGGAACAAGUCACAGCAGUCCUUUCACUCUUGAACAUGAGUAUUAAAACAAUACCUGAAGGGGUGCUGAAAAAGAAUUUUGAUGAUGUUACCCUGAAGAUGUUACACAUCCUGAAAGAUUAUGCAGAGUCUGAUAAUAACAUUAUUAUGAAAUCAAUUUUUGGCAUUCUAACUGUUCUGUUGAAAAUUCAAGAACUUGCUAUGUGGAGCCAUGGUACUGUCAAACAAAUAUUCAGUGCUAUAUUGAAUCCAUUUUGUGUUCACACAAAACCAAAGUGGAGAAAAGCAGCUCAACAUUCUGUUGCAGUUGUUGUAAAUGCAGGUUGUUUUGUGAAAGAAAAUUCUCCAAAUCCAGCUGCUGACAUUGCUGCUGAAUUUUGUGAACAAACUCUUGAAACUUGUAUGGGUGGCAGCUCUGGUCAUGUACUAGUUUCUUCUGUACAGGCUGGUCAAACAACAAUAUUACACACUCUUGGUCUAAUGAAAGAUAUAAUUUGCAAGUUCUCCAAGCCACAUUUGAAGAAAUGUUGUGAAAUCAUUUUACGCUUGAUGACUCUCAAUUAUCCCUUGGUUACCUCUUGUGGUCUCCAGGUGCUUCACUCAUUAUUUUCUGAUCAGAAAGCUGUGGUAGCAGGCAAAUUGAAUGCUCAGCUCAUAUCAGCUCUUUAUGAAUAUCAGCCUUCAAUAUCUGAUGUUCAACCAACUUUGGCAUGGGUUGCAGUAAUGCAGCAGGCACAUGUUCAUUUAGCAGAUGUCGAUGUUCCUACUGCUGUAGCUUCCCUACCGAGAAUGUUCGAGACCCUAACCCAACUUUGGCUGUCAGAGAAGACGGAAGUGAUGACUUGCGCCACUCACGCCUUGGAUGUGCUCUUGAAAGAUUCCCUUUCUACCGCAUGCGGCUCAGAAGGAUCCGUGAAACAGCACAGAUCGAAAAUUGAAAAGUGCAUUCAUGCCAUACAGUUGGGACUGGGCUAUCAGUUCAAUUCUGUGUGGCAUCAGGUCUUGCAUGUCAUAAGCGUGUUGUUUGAGGUUACAGGUGCCCAUUGUGGAGAUAUGUUGAUGGGUUUAUUGAAAUCCUUGGCUGAACUCAGAGAUUCAUACAAAUUCAGCUACAAUAAUGAAUUAGAACACGCAGUAGGGUCUGCUAUCAGGUCGAUGGGGCCUGAAGUUGUUCUUGGAGUUAUUACACUCAAGAAACCAAAUGGAGAUUUGAAUAUAGACAGGUCCUGGCUGUUGCCUGUUCUCAAAGAAAAUAUAAAGUACUCCACUCUGGCCUACUUUAUGGAAGGCAUUCUUCCGCUAGCCCUAUUUUGUCACAGGAGAUCUGUACAACUAGCUGAAUCGAAUGACGGUAUUGGUGCCCACAGCUCCGAACUGCUAUAUUUACAGCUUUGGAAUUUGUUGCCUUGCUUUUGCAAUCAUCCCACAGAUAUCAAAGAUAACUUCAAGACUGUAGCUAAAGUUAUGGGGUCCGCGAUCUCAGAUAAGAAAGAACUACGGCUAGCCGUGAUGGCGUCAUUGAGGAAACUGAUCUUCAGCGCCAAAGAAUCCGAAAAACCGGAAGAUCUCCAAGAACUCAGCAGGUUCGAUAAAAACUAUCUUCCGAUUCUGUUCAACGUUUACACAACAAAACCCAUUGGCAGCGACGAGGAGGGACAAAGACUAGCCGCACUAGAAACUAUAAAGUUAUAUUUGACGAUAGCCAGACCCGAACUGACCUCGCAACUUUUCACUCACGCCCUCGAAAGGCUCAACAGCUCCUCGGACGAGCCGGAGGACCACUUCAUCAAGGAGAGCAUCCUGGACCUCAUUCGCGCCCUGGUGCCCUACCAGAACUGCGACACCGUCAACACCCUGUACGAGCAGUGCGUGAAGUGCCUGCCCGAGAUCAAGAACAGCAAAGAACAGAAGAAAGCGUAUAGACUGCUGGAGGAAAUAUGCGGCAGCGAGGCCGACGGAUGUAAGGAGUUCGUGAAGAAGAACCGGAAGGAAGUGCAGAGAUUGCUGACGAAAUCCCUCAGCACUGCCGCUGUGUCUAGCAAGGGCGCCCGGCUGCGCUGCCUGAACUACCUGGUCAAGGCGCAGCCGCAGAUGGACCACGAGAGCAAGCUCAUCAAGUCAGUCAUUCCGGAGGCUGUGCUGUGCUGCAAGGAUAUCAACGAGAAGUGCCGGGCGACGGCCUACGAGCUGCUGAACACCAUCGGGACUAGGCUGAUGGAGCAGGAUAAGAUGCAGGAGUUUGUUACCAUGGUGGUUGCCGGUUUGGCGGGCAGUCCUCAGCUGAUGAGCUGUACCGUUCUGGCUCUGUCGUCGAUACUGCACAAUUUUUCGGGAGCCUUGGGAAUGGACAACAUCAAAUUCCUUCUAGGAAAUAUUUGUACUCUUAUGGCUUCCCCUACAAGAGAAAUUGUAGCCUCUUGUCUCAGUUUCCUGAAAGUUUAUUAUACAACACUACCUACUCCAAUGGUGGCAAGUUCCCUUGAAUCGAUGAUGUCAGCCUUGACAAACAUGACGGAAGACUGCAAGCGACACUUCAGAUUGAAAAUACGCGACAUCUUGGACCGGCUAGUGAGAAAAUUCGGUAGCGAAUCUCUAACGCCCUUCGUACCAGCCACCGAUACCGUGAUGUACAAGAAACUGAGGAAUUUACGAAAAUCGAUCGCUCGUAAGAAGAGAAACAAAAACGCCGAUAGAGGGCGAGAGUCGAGCGACGAAGAAGAAUUCACAGUAAAAGCGAAACCGAAGAGCGUCGAAGAAAUUUUGGCAGAUUCUGAUUCUGAGUUUGAGGACAUGGAGACAGAUGAGCCUAAAGUGAAGGGCAGAAAACAAUCCAAGACUUGGAUUGAGGAAGAUGUUGAUAGUAUUAUAGAUUUUACCGAUCCAACUGUAUCUAGUAAAAUCAGAGCUACCAAACCCGGACAGUCCCUAGAACCGACCGCUGAGAAGAAAAAACCAGAAAAAGACCGCGGCUUCAAAACGUCCUCCGACGGAAGACUAAUCAUCAAAGACCUUCAAUCGUCUGACAGCGAGACGGACACAAAAAAGAAGAAGAAGAAAAACAAGCUGAGUUUCAACUCUGACGAUUCGGACACCGAAGACGACACCCAGAGCACUGCCGAAACUUUGCUGUUGACUGACCGUAAGAGAAAAAGGGACACUUCAAGUGUCAAGAGCGGGUUCAGUGCUGCUAGUAGUCAGCCGCCUAUGAAGUAUAAGACUGGUGGAGUCGGUAUCCAUAGACCGACAGGUGCCGCAUCGACAUCCUCAGUACAUAGUGGGUACAGUGGUAAUCCGGGUUCCGAGUUCAGGUCCAAGAAAGCUACAGGGGACGUGAAGAAAAAAGGCAAAAUGGAUCCUUAUGCCUACAUGCCACUGCAAAGAUCCACUCUCAAUAAAAGGAAGAAGCAUAAGAUUGCCGGCCAAUACAAGAACAUUGUGAAAGCUGCAAAACUUGGGGCUGUGAAAGGUGCUAAGGCUAAAAGGAUGUUUAAGAAGAAAUAAUUAGUGUGGGAGGGGUUUCUGUUUCAACCUGUAGAAUUUUUCCGUUUUCUUGCAAUGAAUUGAUUUUAACUAUACAGGGUGUCCGCUAAAAGGAGGUCAAUCCAUUAACCACAUAUUCCUUGAACAAAAACAAUAUGAGUUUCUAAAUAUCAUUUUUCAUUUUAGCCCUUCAUAUUCGGUAUACAGGGUGUCAAAGUUGGAAAUUAAAAACUGUUUUUUUCUAAUUACUCG